ACUCAUGACUCAUGUAUCCGUGCCAAUCCGUACCGCGUUGUUUUCUCUCCGGACCACGGUUCAGGCUACGGCGCUUAUCUCAGCGAAAAGUGCACAAUAUUAUUAUGAUACCUGUUUUGGGUACACUAUGAACUAGCAUAUUUAAGUAUGGUACUAGGACAUUACGUCGACGACUCCCAGCUUGGAGAAUGGAGGAAGGAGAGGCCACUGGGACGUGGGGGUUUUGGUGCAAUCACUCUCUGGAGAAAUAUGGUGACUGGCGAUUCAGUUGCAGUAAAAUGUUGCACCAAGUCCGCAUCGGAAAUGUCUGCCAGGAAUCACGAGCGUUGGGCACAGGAAGUGGAAAUUCUGCAGAAACUGGAUCACCCGAACGUUGUCAAGGGUCUUGCCGUUCCAAAGGAGUUUGAACCCUUAAGCUUAAGCUCCUCAUUGCCUUUCAUGGUAAUGGAAUAUUGUAAUGGAGGAGAUCUCCGAAAGGUGCUUUCGAGGCCAGAAAAUUGCCGUGGCUUGAAGGAAAAAGAAGUGUGUCGCGUGCUCAAAGAUGUCACAUCUGCCAUUGCAUACCUGCAUAAACAUCGCAUCAUUCACAGGGAUCUUAAACCUGAAAACAUUGUUCUUCAGGACCAAGCCGGAGAAGUGGUGUACAAGCUCAUAGAUCUUGGCUAUGCUAAAGAGCUGGAUCAGAACAGCAUAUGCUCCUCGUUUGUUGGCACCCUCCAAUACUUGGCACCAGAACUGUUCACACGUGAGCCAUACACGAGCUCGGUAGACUACUGGAGUCUCGGGAUUGUGGCGUACGAAGUGGCGUCUGGGACACGCCCCUUCUUCCCCAAUGAAGGUCCCCCCAUUUGGGUUCCUUGUGUCAACCAGAAGGGCAGCUCACACAUCGCGGGAGAGCUCAACGUCAACGGCGAUCCAGUUUACAGCAGUACCUUACCUCUCUCAACCCACUUAACAAGGAUCUUAAAAGCAGAGCUAGCGACUUGGCUCCAGGUGCUUCUGCAGCUGGAUCCGCAAAGAAGAGGUCGAAAAAACGGGGUUUCAGCUUAUGAUUUGCUGGAAAACAUUCUAUCUCAACAGGUUGCUCAUAUCUUCAGUGCCACAAAGCUAUCUGUGACUACAGUUCCCCGCUCAGAUGCCUCUACCUUGUCAGAUAUUACUCGACAAACUUUUGCGGACAGGACAACUCCCGAAGCAAACUUGCUGCUGAUGGACAAGGGAGUUGUUGCACCUGAGGACAUCUGGACAGCAUGUGCAGACCUCAGGGAUCCUGCCAUAACAUUGUACCUGUUUGAACUCUCCAUGGAUCAGAGCAACUGUGAAUCAUACCGACCAGAGUACCUCCUUGAUGUUAUCAACGUGGUUUCCAGAUGCGAGGAGGAUCGGCACGUACAGGCCAAUGUGAAACACCUUUGGGCGGAAGGCAUCUUCUGCGUACAACAAGAGGUUGCAAACUGUCAGCAGCUUCUGUAUGCCUACCAAACAUUUCUGAACUACAUAAAGGCCCAGAAUAAAGCCCUUCAGUCGGAGGUUGUCCAGGUUGUCGCUGAAAUGACCGCUGCCUCUGCAAAGAUGAAGUUUGCGCACGAGUGUUUCGUAAUGGAUGUGGAGUCCCUCCAAAGGCUGAGACGUGAAAGUACUUCUUCAGCAGUGGACAGGUUAAUCAAGGAUUGGUCAUGCUGUGACGACCUCUUGAUACCGGUCGACUACGAGAACCAAGCUAUAAAAGCGGUGCAGAAACGUGCAAGUGAGCUUGCAGUAAGGGUCGCAGAAUAUGAGAAAACUCCCUUUGCUUUGUCAAAGCAGCCCAUUGUGUUGAAGGACAAGCUGAAUGGUAUUCUCGAGCAGUACGCCGAUGCAAAAAAGAAGAUGAGAGAAACACAGUGUUUUAUUGCUCUGUGUCAUAAAUUGCAUUCUGGUCUCGUCGACUUUGUGCAAGAGGAAGGACGGUUCGUUGAAGAGUGCCAAAAUUACAUGAGACAGAUGUGUGCCCUGCUGAAAGACAUCCAAUCUCUGAGCCCUGAGUUGAGGUCACAUGUGGAGCAUAUUCACACAUUAAGCUGGAAGGUGUCUAGUCAACAGAGAAAGAGGCAGGAAACCAUUUGGAACCUCCAGCGUAAAAGUGUGUACACUUCCGCUACACCACAAGAAAAGGACGUGCUAGGCAGCUGUUCCGCGAAGAGUGAAUGCAGUAGUACAGCCUCUCUACGAGAUGCUGUAGAGCACUGCCUUAGUUCGUCAGCGAAAACAAGACUAGACAGUGAUGUACUUCUUCUCAAAGUGGAGUCUGCCUUGAGUGGUAUGAUGACUUCAGGGUCGUUUCACACGUGUGAACUGUGAAAUGAUGGGGACCUUCCCUACCACAUUUCGGAAACUCUUUUGCUCCUGUCACGUAGUGGCUAGUGUGGCAGUGACCACGAGUAGCUGCUGAUCUAGCACUGCUGCCCGUGAGAGGUGGUAUCACUUCGUAGCGCUGAAUAGGCCUCUUCAGACAAAUGUGUUGUUACGCAGCGUUCCAAUGUACAUCGCCAUGCAAGACAUGCCUCUUUAGGCCGCUCGAAUGAUUGCAAGUAACGCAAUAUUACAAGUUUGUCACAGUCCAGAAAUGUGUCUGCAAAAUGGUUUCCUUUAUGAUGGCUUUGUUUAGUUAUUGCCCUGCGGACAUCAUUAAAAAAAAAAAAAAGAAUAGAGGGCUACAGGAUGUUCAAAAUGUGGGUCAGCUGAAGUGUGGCACUAGUCAAUGACAUACUCUUUUCAUCUGGGGAGAGUGCUAAAUUGUACUAGACAGUGUGACAUGGAACGUAAAGAUUGACCGAUACGCUAUGUGAUUAUAUUGCGAUAUUAUAAGACAAUAGGUGCUGUUAAUUCCAGUCCCAAUGUUAUCUUAAUUUUGCCUUGCGUGCUGCAAAAUAGCAAAAGCUGUACAUACGAGAAUUAUUUUGUUGUAUGACAGGGCAAUUAUGCAAAAUACAAUAAACGCCAUGUAUGUGCUUUCAUAA